AUGGAGAGGAUAUCCCAGUACAAGGAUCGGAACCAGGAUCUGUUGUACGGAGCUACAUACUCGUGUCGCUGGAAGAAGAACGUCCGUAACGCGUUGAUGUUCAUGGUCCAGAAGAAGGAUGACCCCGCAGAUCAGAUGCUUGUCUUCUUCCCCGACGAGACCUCUGUCGGUGUCAAGACCAUCAAGAAGUACUGCGAGUUGAUGGUUGCAAAGUCGGUUGGACGCGGAAUUGUUAUUUACCAGGACAAGAUCACACCCAUGGCUACCAAGGUCAUCAGCGAAGUCAGCCACAGCUACCACUUGGAGUCCUUCCAGGAGGCAGAUCUCCUCGUCAACAUCACAGAGCACACCCUCGUCCCAGAACACGUUGUUCUUUCCUCCGAGGAGAAGGAGGCCCUCUUGAAGCGCUACCGUUUGAAGGAGACUCAGUUGCCUCGCAUCCAGCCUUCAGAUCCUAUCGCAAGAUACUACGGAUUGGCUCGUGGACAGGUUGUCAAGAUUAUGAGGCCGUCCGAGACGAGUGGUCGUUAUGUCAGUUACCGUCUCUGCUACUAA